AUGGAUCUGAAGCAGAGGUCAAGGGUGAAGUGGGCCGUGGAGGGGGAUGAAAACACAAGCUUUUUUCAUAAUAUUGUAAAUGCAAAUCAAAGCUCUAAUCGCAUAAACGGGCUUAUGAUGAAUGGGGUAUGGGAGACAGAUCCACCGCUGAUUAAGGAUUCAAUAUGCUCCUUUUUCGCACAAAAGUUCCUGGAACCGAUGGAGGUUAGGCCCAGGUUGACGUGUCCGUACCUUGGUCAGGUGACUGAUGCAGAGGGGGAGAUGUUAGUAGCCCUGUUCUCAUUAACAGAGAUAAAAGACGCUAUUUGGGAUUGUGGAAGUGAAAAGGCACCGGGCCCUGACGACAUCAAUUUCAGGUUUAUUAAGAAAUGUUGGGGAUCAUUACAGGCGGAUUUCAUUAAAGUGUUUGAGGAGUUUUCACAAAAUGCAACCAUUUCUCAUGGGUGUACCUCAUCGUUUAUUGCACUUAUUCCUAAGUGUAAUGAUCCGAAUGGCAUGGGGGAUUAUAGGCCAAUUAGUCUUAUUGGAUGCAUAAAUAAGGUGAUCUCGAAAGUAUUGGCUAUUAGAAUGAAGAUAGUUAUUAAUAAGCUAAUUUCGGAGGAACAAACUGCAUUUCUAGCCAACAGGAGUAUAUUGGAUGGGCCGUUGAUACUUAAUGAGUUAAUUCCGUGGAUGAGGUCUAAUAGAAAGGAGGGGUUUAUAUUCAAAGCGGAUAUUGAAAAGGCUUAUGAUUCGCUAAAUUGGGGAUUUGUGGAAAGCAUCAUGGAGCAAAUGAAGUUUCCCUCGAUGUAUAUCAGUUGGGUUACGGCCACGGUAAAAAAUGCUAGGGCUUCUGUAUUAGUAAACGGGUCACUACGCAGGAGUUCACAUGCUAUAGGGGAUUGCGACAAGGGGAUCCCUUAUCCCCCGUUUUAUUCAUCAUCGCAAUGGAAGCCUUGUCAGGAGUAA